UCUACUUUUUUUUCCAAUAACAAGAUCCAUUAUUCUCCACCAUAAAACAAAAGCUGAGAAACAACAACACAACGCAAUUCAUCUAUCAAAAAGUGAAGGUAUCAGCAGAAAUGGAAGGCAAACAAUUAGAGCAGAAAGGAGAAGAGAUGUUUCAAGCUCAAGCAGAUUUGUUCAAACACAUAUUCAACUUUGUAGGAUCUAUGUGCCUUAAAAGUGCUCUUCAGAUGGGCAUACCAGACACAAUCUUCAACCAUGGUAAACCUAUCACUCUUUCUCAGUUAGUCUCAGCCCUUAAAAUCAACCCUUCAAGGUCCAACUACGUCCACAGACUCAUGAGCUUACUGGUUCACUCUGGAAUCUUCUCUUCCACAAAAAUCCCAAAUGAAGAAGAAGAGGGUUAUGACCUCACACCAUGUUCCAGGCUGCUUCUCAAAGACAAGAUUCCCUCCAUGUUUGCUUAUGCUCAAGCAGUGUUUCAUCCUGCAGUAAUGAGCCCAGGUCAGUUCUUGGGAGAUUGGCUUUAUAGUGAUAAAGACAGCACAGCUUUUCAAAGUGCCUUUGGGAUGGAGUUUUGGAGGUAUGGAAGAGAGAAUCCAGAGUUUAGCAGAGUGUUCAAUAAAGGUAUGAUUAGUGAUUCUGGGAUGAUGAACUUGGUUAUGAGAGAGUGUAAAUCAGUGUUUUGGGGUUUGAAGACUUUGGUUGAUGUUGGAGGAGGGAAAGGUGGUGCAGCCAUGGCCAUUUCUGAAGAAUUUCCAGAUUUGAAGUGCACAGUGAUGGAUCUUCCUCAUGUUGUUGCAGAUAUGAAGGAUAGCGAUAAUCUUAAGUUCCUUGGAGGUGAUAUGUUUCAGUGUAUUCCUUCAGCAGAUGCCAUUCUCCUUAAGCUGGUUUUGCACACAUUAAGUGAUGAAGAGUGCCAGAAGGUAUUGAAGAAGUGCAGAGAAGCCAUUGCAAAUUCAAGCAAAGGAAAAUUAAUAAUAAUAGAGAUAGUAAUCAAUAAAGAGAAGGAUAAGCACGAAAUCACAGAAGCAAAGCUUUAUUUCGAUAUGAUGAUGAUGUCUUUGGUCAAUGGAAAAGAAAGAGAUGAAAAUGAAUGGAAGAAUCUCUUCAUCCAAGCUGGAUUUAAUCACUAUAACAUAACACCUUUAUUUGGUUUAAGGUCUCUUAUUGAAGUUUAUCCUUGAACUUACAUAGAUGAUCUAUCUGUGUAUUAAUGAACCGAGACUAGAGAAAGAAUUUUCUUGCUUAAUGCACGUG